GGUUCAGGCGUAUUCGUUUUGGUUUCUGUCACCCUCUCUCUGUCCCUUUCUUUCUUUUCUGGCUUUUUUUUAGCCAUCGGAUGGGACACGAACCCUUGUGUCCACUGUUACUACCGAUAUCCGUACAUCACUGUUUUGUACAUGUGUGUAUGUAUUAGACCUUGGGGUAUUCACUUUUCUUAUCCAUGUUUUUCCCCCUGUUUUAUUUCUGUCACAAGCCUGCCGCUCAAACCCUUGUCUUCAUGGAGGCACUUGUAAGGAGACGGACGCAGGAUUUACUUGUCUCUGCUUAGGUGGCUACCGUGGUGAAAGAUGUGCAGAAGAUGUAACCAUCUACUCGUUAAAGCUUCUUGGUGAAAAGAUAAAUGAAGGAACACUUUCUUUAGCGUCCCGCUCCAGUCCUAAACGUACAUGCUGGUACAUCAAGAUCCUUGGAACAGGAACUUAUCCCAAUUGGCAUGUCAGUAUCUAGGGUUUGAAGGAGUAUUUGCGACGGUGAGCGGUCCGCUGUACGAGUCCUCGUCCGUCGAUGCUCUAGCUGAAGCCGAAUCAGUGAUCUGCCCUCCUAAUGCCACAAACAUCACAGACUGUUGGUACAGUGAGACUAGAGUGGGACGGGUAAACGAGAGUGAAAUUAUUUCCAUUGUGUGUUGCCCAGUGAACCCGUGUAAUAUAUCUGGUCAACCACUAGGCCUUGAAAGUGGUGCUCUUCCCGAUUCUGCAUUAUCUGCAUCAUCCUGCGACUCGGAGCCCUUCUGCAGCAGUUUUGGUCGCCUGAACUCUAAGACAGCGUGGAUCCCAGACUCUAACAACCCCGACCAAUGGAUACAGGUCCAUUUUGAGUCAAGUUAUAUCGUAACGGCCAUAACGACUCAGGGUAAAAAUGACGAUGAUCAAUGGGUGACGUCAUACAUCGUUUCAUCUAGUUUCGACAACAUGGCUUGGACUGAUUAUUUGAAUGUAUACUCUGGAUCAGUUGAGAUAUUUCCGGGAAAUUAUGACCGUGGUUAUGUGACUCACACGCUUGCUAGGCCGGUAGUCGGACGCUCUUUCCGGAUCCAUCCAAAGAACCGUUAUUAUCCCGUUUCUUUGAGGAUGGAACUAUAUGGGUAUGGACCUCUAACUGAUGCCAUAGCGUCGCUGAACCUCGAUGCAGAAUUUGGUUGUAAUCCUCCUGUCCUCGGUGAGGGGCUUGGUGUGGAAAAUAGCCGUAUACCAGACUCUCAACUGACCUCGUCAUCGAACUAUAAUUUUGUAUAUGCAGCUUACAAAGGAAGGCUGAAUGCCGUUGUCACUGCAUGGGGUCCCGCCAUGACAGACAAGAAUAUGUGGGUUAAGGUCGAUCUCGGCAAGAAUACUUUGGUAACUGGUGUUAUCACACAGGGUAACUAUUAUGCUAACCUAUGGGUUACGUCAUUCCAAAUCUCCUACUCAAGAGAUGAUAUGAUUUGGACCUUUGCUCUAGAAGAGCAUUGCGGGGUACGAAAAACUUAUGCAGGAAAUUUUGAUUCUAACACACAUGUGACCACACUGUUUCCUGAGCCAGUAACCGCACGGUACGUCAGGUUUCAUCCUAAAACAUUUCGUUUUCGGACGAGUAUGAGAUUCGAAGUACUUGGUAUCAACACUUGAAGAAUAACGAGUUAUCAUUAAAUUGAUUUAUUGUUUUAUUAAAUCUUUUUUAUUCAUUUAGCGAGUUAUCAUUAAACUGAUUUAUU